CGGGAGAGAGAGAGAGAGAAGCUUCAGACAGCAGAAUCUAUACAGAAUCUAAAGAUAAGGGGAAGGUUCGCAGGCUCUCCAGGGCUCCGGUGGAAAGGCGGCAGGAGAGGCUUAAAGACGACAAGUGGUGGGCUGCACGUCUCUCUGGGGAAACCAGGAGGAAGGGGAUUCAGCAGAGACGCCUCACGCAAGCUGUCAAACACAGAGGCAGGUCAGGGGGAGGUCUCUGACCCCUUGUUUUUGUUUCAGAGCACAGAGGAAGACUGAACGAGGUAGGGGAAGGUGGAUGUUAAAGACAGCCAGCCAUAAAGAUCCAUACUCCUCCCCUUCCAUUCAUAAAUCCAUUACAUUCCAUUGCUAUAGCGAUGUGGAGUCGUUCUUUCCGAUUGGUGGAGGAAGGGUCCCAUUCAGAGGCUUAACCCCACGCGCCGCCUUUCAUCACUCCCAUAUUCCUAUUUCCUCUGUUUUGUUUCUUCCGUUUCGUCUUUGCAUUGCUCUGCCGUGCUGCUUGGCUUCUUCUCCUCUUUCUUUUUGUUUGUGUGUGAGUGCAUGUGUGCGCGCGUAUGUAAAAGUGGGUGUCUCGCAAGCUAUCAUUGUUUGGUUUUGGCAUAAAAGACAGCAGAGCGAAAAAGGAAGAAGACGGGCAAAAAAGAAGAGGCAUCCUUGUAGGAGAAAGGAUAGCAGUCUAAGGACCUGGGACUGCGUAAACAACUGCCAUUCAUUGGAAAGUGAAUUGAGAUUAAAGAGUCAGUUGACAAUCAUUUUGGUUAGCCACAGAUUAAAGGCGGCUGAAGCAAUCCUCUGGCAAAAGUUCUUCCCAGAUAGUUGCGGAAAGGAGCACCGCAGCCAUGAAGGGGGACUCAGAGGAGAGUAUAGAGAGCUUGCGGCCUUCCAACUUGCAAGCCUUUGCCAACAACUCUACCCUCCAUGGCAUGAGCCACAUUUUUGCCUAUGGACAUAUGACCUUCCGCCGCUUCUUGUGGACACUGUCCUUCUUGGGUUCAUUGGGCCUGCUCCUGUUGGUAUGCAUGGACCGCAUCUCAUACUACUUUGAGUACCCACACGUCACCAAGCUGGAUGAAGUGGCAGCACCCAACCUCACCUUCCCUGCCAUCACGUUUUGCAACCUGAAUGAGUUCCGCUUCUCCAAAAUCACACGCAAUGACCUGUACCAUGUUGGGGAAUUGCUUGCCCUGCUAAAUGAGGACUACCAGAUUGCUAACCCGCACCUGGCCGAGCCGGAAGUCUUGGCGGCUCUCAAGGAGAAGGCCAACUUCCUGAACUUCAAACCCAAGCAGUUCAACAUGACCGACUUCUACAACCGAACUGGCCAUGACAUCACCGAAAUGCUCCUUCAGUGCACUUUCCGAGGAGAGGAGUGUUACCCCCUGAACUUCACCACUAUCUACACACGAUAUGGGAAAUGUUACACCUUUAACUCUGGGAAGGACGGCAACCCUCUGCUGACGACGCUAAAGGGGGGCACCGGCAACGGGCUGGAGAUCAUGCUGGACAUCCAGCAGGAUGAGUACCUGCCCGUCUGGGGGGAGACAGAUGAGACCUCCUACGAAGCAGGCAUCAAGGUUCAGAUCCACAGCCAGGACGAGCCCCCCUUCAUAGACCAGCUGGGAUUCGGUGUGGCUCCAGGCUUUCAGACAUUUGUCUCAUGUCAACAGCAACGGCUUCAGUACCUGCCCCCUCCCUGGGGAGACUGCAAGUCGACGGCCAUGGACUCCGAGUUCUUCUCGACGUACAGCAUCACGGCCUGCCGCAUCGACUGCGAGACGCGCUACCUGGUGGAGAACUGCAACUGCCGCAUGGUCCACAUGCCAGGAACCUCCUCGGUGUGCACGCCCGAGCAGUACAAGGACUGCGCUGACCCCGCCCUGGAUUUCCUUGUAGAAAAGGACAACAACUAUUGCGUAUGCGAGACGCCCUGCAACAUGACGCGAUAUGGCAAGGAGCUGUCCAUGGUGAAAAUCCCCAGCAAAGCGUCGGCUAAAUACUUGGCUAAGAAGUUCAACAAGACAGAGCAGUAUAUAGGAGAGAAUAUAUUAGUCUUGGACAUCUUCUUUGAGGCUCUCAACUAUGAGAAGAUUGAGCAGAAGAAAGCGUAUGAAGUAGCAGGACUGCUUGGUGACAUUGGUGGACAGAUGGGCUUGUUCAUUGGAGCCAGCGUCUUGACAAUACUGGAAAUAUUUGACUACUUGUAUGAGGUGUUUAAAGAUAGAGUCCUGGGUUUCUUCAUACGCAAGAAACGUCCCAGACGGUGUCAGAGCGACAAUCUGGAAUUUCCAGAGAACCCAAGCAGCCCUGGUGUCACGCCUAAUCUUGCCCCCAGAGUACCUGUGACACACUCCGGAGUCACUCGGACAGUCUCGGAUUCACGCCGAACGUGUUACCUCGUCACCCGACUCUAGGCAACUUUGAGGAGUUUGCCUGUUGACAACAUAAAGAGGGGGGUGGAGUCUGAGAAAACUGGGGUUUGACAGCAAACUGUGACAAUUACAUAUAUAUUAUUACAAAAAAAAAUGUGGAGGAAAUAUUUAAAGAAUAGCAAACCUAUAAAUGCCUGAAUAGAAGUAGAAUAUCACUCAAAUAAACAAAAAAAAACUUCCAAAACAGAACUCAGGUUUAAUUGCCAUAUCCUGGCAUCAUCUCUCUGCUCUCUGUUUCUUUAUGUUUAACUCCGGCAAAUCAGACAUCAAACCCUAUCCUGCUUGGGGUCUUUCAAAGAGAGUCCAUCUGCUAUUACUGAAGUACCACACGUCUGGGACAGAUCGAGCUGUCUUCAUGGACAAGCCUGUCACACACGGCAUUUAGUUGAACUAGUCUGGGGGGGGGGGG